UCUGUGCGUGAUGAUGUCAGACACCCGUGGACUGGCGGUCUGCCAUUUUUAAUUGUGCGACAGGCCGCGGCGCGAGAAGCGGGGCCUCAACUCAACGAAAGCAACACUGUCUCACACGAGAUAACGGGUGGGCAAGAAAUACAGAAACCCAAACCGAGAGCCCGUUAACGUCUGAAUAACUGAGGACAUAUUGGGGGAAAAAGCAAGGGCGCCGUGUAAGCACUGAAAAACAGGUCCGUGCAAGUCAAGAGGAGCUUGUUGAAAAUCAGCAACCGCGCUAGCUAACUAGCUAUCGUUAGCAAGCUAGCCAGACAGCUAUUGUGAUCCACCGGCCUCACAAACACCAGUACACUACAAAACAGGCCAAACACAUAGACUUGCCGGACGACAGACUGCAAGAAAACAGGGGGACCGGCGGUGACGGGAGGCUGGUUCCGGGGGUGAGACCGGCGGACCAGACUCAAUGAGUUUCCAGCGAAAUGUCAGAGAAGUCAGGGCAGAGCACCAAGGCGAAGGAUGGCAAGACCAAGUAUGCAACCCUUAGCCUCUUCAACACAUACAAGGGCAAGUCUUUGGAGACCCAGAAAACUGCAGUCGCUGCCAGACAUGGACUCCAGAGUUUGGGUAAGGUUGCUGUCAGUAGGCGCAUGCCCCCCCCUGCCAACCUGCCCAGCCUGAAGGCCGAGAACAAGGGCAACGACCCCAACGUUAACAUCGUCCCCAAGGACGGCAGCGGCUGGGCCUCCAGACCCGAGGGAGGGGACGAGAGGCAGUCUGAGACCCCACCACCCCCGCCCAAACCAGCACCCCCACAACCCCUGGAGGUCACUCCGUCAGUCGGGGUCAGCAGGUCCUGGGCCAACAGCAAACCCCCACCACCGCCGGACGGAGGAGCCCCUUGUGUGAGCAGCCAGUUCCACCAGGAGUUCCCCAGCCUGCAGUCGGCCGGGGAAGUCGAGAAAGGGGAGGGGCAGGAGGAGGAGCCUUAUGGACCUGGACCCAGCCUCCGACCUCAGAAUGUUGGUAGUUGGCGCGAGGGCGGCGGCAGGAAUCUGACCGCGGCAGCCAUCCCUUCCGAGAUGGACAGCCGUGGAACGGAGGAGGGCAGGGCGGCCGUCGCCGACCCGUCCCCUCCUGGGGAAGUGGAGGAGGGUGGCAGGCUGGCCUCCAGUGAGAAGAGGGAGAGCAGGGAGAGGCUGCCCCCGUCUGCCCAGCCUGCACCCAUCUCCUCGCAGACACAGCCCUCCCCCUCCUCUGCGGCCGCCCAGCCUAAACUCAACGGGGGCCAGCAGCCCCCAGCUGCUGUGCCCCCCCAGUUCCACGUCCAUUUGAGGGGCAUGAUGCCACCCUACAUGUUCAAUGCAUAUCCCAGAAUGCCCUUUGCUCCAGUGCCAGGGAACAUCAGAUAUCCAGUUCCUCAAGAUGGAGCCAGGAGGGUGCGUCCUCCUCAGCAGGGCCCUCCACAGGCCUGGCUCAAGGACCCAGACAGACCCUCCAUCAUCAGCGCCACAGAGCUCAAAGAGUUAGACAACCUGGACACUGAGGCUGAUGAAGGCUGGGCUGGAGCUCAGAUGGAGGUGGACUACACCGAAAAACUCAACUUCAGUGACGAUGAGGAGAACCACGCUGCCAAGGAGAAAGGGGAGAACUGGGAGUGGAUGGGUAAAGUGGAGCGGAUGAGACCCCUGCGUCACUCUGAUGGCCCUGAGGGUAGCAAAGGGUCGUGGGUAGAUGGAAGGGACCCUAGGGCGCCCUCUCCAGGCAGUAUGGGGCAGUACAAGACCGGCCCGUCACAGGAUUACCAGUGUCAGCCAAGUGGGAGCGCUGUGGCCUCUCGUGUGGCAAAACCCCCAAACGCAGCUCCUCCUGCUGGCGAGGAGGAGUCGGAAGCCUGGCGCCAGAAACGCAAGAAGCAGGACCUGUCAGAGGCGGUAGAACGUGCCAGGCGGAGGAGAGAGGAAGAGGAGAGGAAGAUGGAGGAGCUGAGACUCGCCGCAUGCGCUGAGAAACUCAAACGCCUCAACGAGAAGCUCCACCCUGCUACAGAGCCCAAGCCUGCCGCCAAGGCAGCCAAUGAAGAGACUGGUGCUAUGCCUAAAGACACCCCCCCGUUGUCUGUUCCUCCCACGGUUUCCAGCCCUGCACCAGUGCAGCCGGCCCCCCUCUCACAGGCCCUGACCAAACCAGCCGUUCUCCAAGACCGCGAGAGGAUGGAGAGAGAAAACGUAGAAAGAGAGCGGGUGGAUAGAGAGAUGGAGCAAGAGAGGAUAGAUAGAAAAAUUGACAGAGAGAGAGUGGACCGGGAGAUGGAGCGAGAGAGGGUGGAAAGGGAGAUAGAACGGGAAGGGCCUCGUGCGGAGGAGGAGAGUCAGUUUGUGCCUCGUCAGCCCAGCCCUCCAGUCCAGAGACCGGUGUCCAUCCCCCCAGAAUCUGAGCUGGGAGAAGGUGCCCUGGGCGAGGUGGGUCCCCUAAGCGAGGUAAUCCCCCGGGUGGAGGAGAGCCAAACUGAGCGCCAGGUGCCAAUGCCUAUCCGUGACUACUUCAGCACCAAUGACAGCAGAGGGGAGGACACCGCUGUGUCCAUGUCCCAUAUGGACCCCCCGACCAGUGAUGACACAUCUCUGGCCCCCGAUCUGGAGGGCGAGGCGGGGGCUGCCAUGCGCCCCUCUCUUACUUUGGGGUACUCCAAACAGUUCCAGAAGACACUGCCCCCACGCUUCCUCAGGCAGCAGGAGCAAAUGAAACAGCAACAAUGGCAACAGCAGCAAGGAGGUGGGGCUGGGGGAGGUGGUGGCAGAGCUUUAUCCCCAUCGGGAGGAGGUGGAGCUGCUCCUCCCCAGCAGCACCGGUCUCUCUACCAGCCCAUCGGCCCCCCUCACCAGCAGCAGCAGCAGCAUCUAGCUAACAUGGGCUUUGACCCUCGCUGGCUCAUGAUGCAGUCCUACAUGGACCCCCGCAUGAUGUCUGGAAGACCCCCGCUGGACAUCCCCAACAUGCACCCUGGACCUGGUACUCACAGGCGGAUGGCUCCAAAGCAGAUUGUUCGUAGAGAGCCAGGGGACAACUCUAGUUCCAGUCCUGACUCCUUCGAUCACCUGGCCAGGCCUGUUCGGGAGCACAGUCUCCCCUCUGAACCACGCUUGGUUUGGGGAUCUGAACCGUAUUCCCAAGCUGACCUGCGCUCUGUCACGCCCCCAAAAGGCCGAGAGGACAAGGACACCAGGUUGGACUCUGGGUUGGAGCUGGACCGGGGUCUCCCGGCCAUGUACCCAAACCAGGAACACGGUUCUAUUGAGCCCUGUGUGAAGACUGAGUUCUUCAGAGACCCCACUGAGCCCCUGUCAGGGUUCAGCCCUGGUCCUGAGGAGGCCCCAGGGUCCCUGCAGAAAGAUAGAGUCCCUGGUGGGUCUCCCUUUGAGCCUGAGGAGCCUGGCCUGCCCUCUGGUGAGGAGGUGGAGGCCAUGGGACAGGCCAUGCUACAGAGGACCAUUUCCCAGGGCUCCAGCCAUUCACUCAAACUGGAUGAGCCCAGGUUUGACAGCCUCCCCCUGGGCACAAAGACACUUGACCCCCAGGACGCAGGGGAGAGGCAGGACCCGGAUGACCCGACAGCCAGGAAAGAGACUUUCUCCCAGGCUGCUGUGGCCAACAACAGGGCCACCCCUCCAGCCGAAGGCCUCCACAAGCAGGAGAAGCUGCCCCUGCCAGCACCCAACAAGCAGAAGGCCGAUCUGCGCUGGGGAGGGAGGUCAGGGGCUGGCAGGAGAGAUGCUCCAGGGGGUGAGAGGCCUGUACGCAGGUCUGGACCCAUUAAGAAACCAGUACUUAGAGACAUGAAGGAGGAGCGAGAGCAGCGGGAGGAGAGGGAGAGGCAUAGGGAGAGAGGAGAAAGGGGGGAGAGACAGAAGAAGGAGGAACGAGGAGCAGCAAAAGCUGCCUCGGCCGCUGCGGCUGUAUCUGAGGGCCCCAGGGACAGACCUCAGGGAGAAAGAGAGAGAGACCGGGACGGAAAGAGGGAGGUCCCGGAGACAGAGGAGGGUUCUGGAAAUGGGAUCCAGAGGCCCAGAGAAACUCAGGCCCCGUCGGGAGCCCCGCCCCCUGCCUCCCAGGAAGACAAGACGGACAAACCAGCGACCAACGACAAACACCCUGAACCUAAACUACCAUCUAGGAAGGACUCCAACCUGCCCCCGCGAUCAUACCGCCGCGAGGAGAGGGAGAGGGAACGGGACCGGGAGAGGGAACGAGACAUGGAGAGGGACUGGCCGGCUGAUAGUUGUAGAGCCAGGGGCCGUGGGGAGUACUACUCUCGGGGACGGAUUUUCCGGGGGACUUACGGUGGUCGGAGUAGAGGUGGCAGGGGCCGCAGUCGAGGGGACUACCCUUACCGGGAGCCGCGCUCACGCGGCGAUCUCCCCCCUGCCGCGGGCGCUGCUGCAUUCCGCUGCCGCGAGGAGAGUGAGACUCGCAGUGAGAGCUCUGACUUUGAGGUGAUGCCCAAGCGCAGGCGCCGUCGUGGCUCUGACACCGACUCAGAGAGCGAAGGAGGUCGGGAGUCCGCCAGCGACACAGGGGCUUCGGACCGAGAGCUUAGCGCCAAACCUGCCCGGCCGCUCCGCAGGGAACUACCAGGAGAGCCACGACCUGGACAACACAAACCAGGCUUCGGACCCCCUCCGCUUGGGGAGAAAGGGGGGCCCAGGGGAGGAGAUGAGGAGGGUCGGCCCAAGCCAGGCUUCCUACUCAAAGGAGAGCCUUCUCGGCGAGGGAGAGGUGGGCUGUACAGUAGGCGAGGGGGGGCCAGGGAGAGAGGAGGUCCCAGGUCAGCUCCUCUCAGGCGACCUGGAACCAGGGAGUCGUCCUCCCAGUGGCCGUCCAAACCCAUGGAGACCUUCCGCCCUGAGGACACGGAGCCCUCAUCACGCUACGACAGCAGGGACCCUCACUAUGACCGACGGCCUCUCAGAGGGGACAGAGACCGACCAUUUGACGGUAAGAAGUUUGGGGAGGGGGGACCCCAGAGUAGCAGGGACCGAGAGAGGCCUCGUCGCCCUCGUCCCGCCCGUCCCCCGAGGCAGGACAAACCUCCCCGCUUCCGGAGGUUGAAGGAGCGGGAGGCUGCAGUGUUAGCUGGAGGUGAGACGGGACCAGCACCCACCUCCACUGCCCCCCUCCCAGCCUUAGUGCCUGCUUCUGGGCCUGGCCCUGUCUCUUUGUCCCCUACCCUCUCCAGAGCCCCGGGGACCCCCGUGACCCUGCCUGCAGAGGGGGGACCAGCGGCGGCUGACUUGACCUCUGAUCCGGCGCUCCCUGACGCCACCCCUCCCGCCACCUCGGCGGCUGGCACCAAGUCACCCGACCUGUCCAACCAGAACUCUUCUGACCAGGCCAACGAGGAGUGGGAGACGGCGUCAGAGAGCAGUGACUUCAACGAACGGAGGGAGCGAGGGGAGAGGAGGGUGGUGCAGGAAGCCCCUGGGGCCGUGGCACCGCCCGUGGCCACAGCCCCCCUGCCCCCCCAGGGCCCGGCACCCCCUGGCAGGAACCCCAGCGACGGAGGUGUGGUGUUCAAACGCGAGGCAGCCGGCCCAGCCGGGGCCCGGAGGAGUUUUUCCAGUCAGCGUCCGGUGGAGAGGCAGAACCGCAGGGGCAACAGCGGCCCCAAACCCGCCCGCGGCUACACAGCCGCCAAAGGAGAAAGGAGAGGAGGGGCCAAGGCUGGACGCAGAGGAGCGGCCCCUAACCCAGACUCAGGACCCGGCGGGGGGGCGGCGCGGCCUGGGGGUAAGGACCCCGCAGGACGCAGGAAGGAAGAAGCCAAACAGACCAAACAGAAACCCAAGGAGAAGGAGAACGCACUGUCGCAGUUUGACCUCAACAACUACGCCAGCGUGGUGAUCAUCGAUGACCACCCGGAGGUGACGACCCUAGAGGACCCUCUGUCCAACACUACAGACGACGGCUUCACCGAGGUGGUCUCGCGCAAGCAACAGAAAAGGCUGCAGGACGAGGAGAGGAGGAGGAAGGAGGAGCAGACCACACAGCACUAUGGGAAGAAAGGGUCAGGGGAAAAGGGCAGAGGAGGUGGAGGCGGAGGAGGGAAACUGCCACCCAGAUUUGCCAAAAAGCAACAGCAACAAGCGUCCUCAUCACAACAGCCGCAACAACAGCCUGCCUCACAGCCUCAGCCCCCCACUCCCCCCUCCCAGCCGGCUGCCUCGACCCAGAGUCUUGAGGGCCCAGGGCCCGCCCUGCCCUCGGCUCCCACGCCCACCACAGCGGUGGACUUUGCCUCCAAGACCCCUGCGGCCCCAGCCACGCAGCCCCACAGCACUCUGGGUACGGAGCUCUGGGAGAACAAGGCGGCCGGAUCGACCGCCCUCCCGGAUGUCAAGAAACUUGGAGGUAUUAGCGCUCCCCAGCCUCCUUCAGUCAGUGCCUGGAACAAACCUCUCACCACCUUCACUGGGACUGGGACGACAGAGGGAGGGAAGCCGGUCGCCGAAGGCAGCAUGGAACUAGGAAUGGACAGCAUCCAGUUCGGAGCCCCGUCCUCAGCCGGCAGCACUGACAGUGACAGUGUACCGGCCAUGCUAGAGACUGGGUCGGACAACAAACUACCUGCUCCUAAAGAACAGCGACAAAAACAGCCCCGUGCCGGGCCCAUCAAAACACAAAAGCUCCCUGACAUGGAGUCUGUGGAGCCCAAGGAGUACAAGCCUGGCCCCAUCGGUAAAGAACGCUCCCUACGGAAUCGCAAGGCCAAGGAUGUCCGUGGUGGGGAGGGCGAGGGUCUCGAUGGGGGGAUAGUGCCUGGAGGAGGGGCUAGCCGAGCGGUUGACACCAGCCCCCCCAACACAGACACGUCUGUUUCUGAGCUAGGGGGCGACAUCGAGGGCAUGAUCACUGUACCCUCUGCGGAGUAUGCCAGCAGCUCCAAGGAGUCUGUGACUGACUACACCACCCCCUCGUCCUCCCUGGCCGACAGCGGUCCCACCGGAGGGAGUAAGAUUGAGGAGAGUCUGCUGGCCACCGUGGCUCUGCCCCACUCUCUGCCCCGUAGAGAAGCCCUGCAGCAGAGCUCCAGCCUGAGCACGGUCUCUCCUGCUACCGUGGACCUCACACUGAAGAUGGAGUCGGCUCGUAAAGCAUGGGAGAACUCCCCCAGCCUGGUAGAAAAGAGUUCUCCUGUCACCUCCUCUUCUCCCAUUACAUCCUGCAACUCCUCCUACUCCUCCUUCUCCUCUGCCUCCAUGCCUCAGAUACCGGUGGCCUCCGUCACACCAAGCACCUCUCUGACAGGUGCUGGGACCUACACCACUUCCUCUCUGAGCACUAAAACCACCACGGCCUCCGACCCCCCUAACAUCUGCAAGGUGAAGCCACAGCAGCUGCAGACGGGAUCCAUGGGCGGGUCCAGCUUCUCCCAGCUGGGCGUGGCACCUCUGCUGCCCCAGCAGCAACAGACCCCGCAGGUCUACGUCUCCCAGUCUGCAGCAGGUUCUGCAGCCCAGAUCCCAGCGUUCUACAUGGACACCAGUCACCUGUUCAGCACCCCCCACCCCCGUCUGGCGCCACCCUCUCUGGCACAGCACCAGCAGCAGGGCUACCAGCCGGGUCUCUCACAGCAGGCGGCGGUGCAGCAGAUUCCCAUCCCCAUCUACGCCCCCCUGCAGGGACAGCACCAGCACACCCACCAACACACCCACCAACACACACACUCUCACCAGGCCCAGCUCAGCCUCAGCACUGGACCCCCGGUCUCCCAACCACAGGAUCUCUUCAGCUCCUCACUGCAGCCUUACAGGUCUCAGCAAGCCUUUAUGCAGAGCAGCCUGUCCCAACCCAGCCCCAUGAUGUUAUCAGGGCCGUCUCUCCACAGCUACCCCGGGGUAGGGGGCCCUGACUUGGGCAAGCCCCAGUCCAGCCUUGCCUACCAGCAGCCCUCCAACACACACACACAGCACAUCCCCAUCCUGUUUGAACCCCAGCUCAAUCAGCCCUCCGGCAUGGGUGCAUCUCAGCUCAUAGACACACACCUGCUCCAGGUAUGGGCUGAGCGCCAGGGGAUGAGUCAGCAUUCUAACCUGUACUCAGGACAGCUGCAACAACACGGACAGAGCAGCUACUAUAGUAACACACAGUCUCCUAGCUCUGCCAUGCAGCAGGUCCAAGUCCCACUGCCUGGCUCCCAGCUAGGUCUUCCGAACUUUGGUUCUGGGGGAGGCCAGCCCCUCCUGGCACUGCCGCCGACCCCUCCCCAGGCCCAGCCCCCCAGCCGCCAGCCCCCUGUCUCCCAGACCUACAGGGGCCCCUUUGGACCCACUCACAGCCACAGCAUGAUGCAGCCCUCUUCCAGCAAGAUGUGUGACAUGGACCUGAAGCUGUUUGGCAGUGGGAUGGAUAUGAAGCCUGGGACUCCACCUCACAGCACUCGGAGUACCACCCCUACAUCUAGUCCUUACAGGGCCAGCUCUACGUCACCCAGCAGCCAGUCCAGUAAGAUGAACAGUCUGCUGUACCAGAAGCAGUUCCAACCCAGCUCUGCUGCCAUGAGGAUCACACAGCACUUCCCUGGACAGUUCAACCCACAGAUUAUGUCUCAGCCCAACCUUGUUUCUCCUCUGGUACGCCCUUCCCCUCACACCCAACAUGCUAACUCAUUUGGAGGUGGGAUGCAGCGUUCUCCUAUGGGCCCACCCCCCAUGUCUCCCUCACUGGGAGGUGGUCUGAUGCCUCACCCACGGCCACCACCGCAGCAGCAGUUCCCCCAGCAACACCCAUCGCACCCCCCUAGAGGGCCGCCUCCUUCUCUUGCUCCUAGAGGCCCACCAGGUCCCAGAGGCAACCAGGCAGAACAGGACCUGAAGGCUAAGCAGAGAGCUGAGGUGCUCCAGUCGACUCAUAAAUUCUUCUCAGAGCAGCAGCAACAGCAGCUCAAGGCUCCGUCAGUCUCCAAACCCUCUCGUCUUGACCAAGGGGGCGGCAAACCCCCCCUGAACCUCCUGCCUCCUAACCACCAGACCGUGGGAGUCGUGGAGCGUGCCGAGCCCGAUAAACCCUCCCUAACAGUAGGCAAGCCCAUCCGAACCGGCCCCAUCAAGCCCCAGGCCAUCAAACCAGAAGAGGGGAAGUAGAGCCUUACACACCUCGGGUGGACAGAGGGAUGGGGGAGAAAGGGAUGGAUAAUCCAGCUGCUCCACUUAUUCAUGCAAUCACUCGCUCUCACACAUUCCCCUCACCUAGUGUGAAGAGGGGGGUAGUGAAGGAGAGGUGGGGGUGUAUACGCCUGUAUGGUCGCUGAGAGGGGUCCUGUGUGUGUUUAUGCUCCAACCUCCUGCCCCCCCCACCCACCCCCACCCACCCCUUUAUCUCUCGUCCUCCACUAUGGUCAGGUCUUUGUGUGAAUUUAGCCCUGCCUCUUAAUGAUUUGGGCGGGGUGGAAGACACCGGCAUAAGCUGCCUGUCACAGGUCUACCGACACGGUAGAACAAAAGUAAAGAUUUGCUGCUGAGUUAGCCUUUUUUUUUAUAGCUCUAUGAUUUUUUUUUUCUUCUUUCCCCCCAGUAGAACACCAUAAUUGAGGGCUGUUUGUUUAAUUAAUGGAAGAACCAAUCUAUCUUUUGUUUUUGUAGUUGAAGAAUCUUAUUUAAAGAUGUCUUUUAGUGAAGCACAGUCACGUUAUUUUCCUUCGCCGGUUCUCACAUCAUUUACUAAUGCAGAACUUAGUUGAUGCGCCACAUGAGCACCAUAUACACACACACACACACACUUCCCCCAGGUCUCAACGGUUUCACAAGUAUUUACAACAGACACAUGCAAUCAGGAAUUCAGCUUUUUGUUUUGUUUCUCCUAGUGGGAAAAUGUAAGAUUAAGCAGUUGAUUGUGUAAUCAAUCUAUUGUGUUGGUUUGAUUGGUCUGCCUUUCCUCCUGCCUUCUGCUCUUAUCUCUUUGCCUGAGUGCAAUGAUAAAGUGUGUGUGUGUGUGUGUGUGGUGCAGAGGGGAGACUAUUGCCCAAGCGUCUCCUGUAUCUUUAGCCAAAGCUUGAGCUGUGCAAAGACGUUGGCAAGAGGCUCACAUUGCUAUAGCAGCAGAGUCGAAAGGGAGUUAGUAUGGGCUGUCUGUAAACGGUUACUUCAAACGGAUGGCCAGACGGACCUGGAAUCCAGUUUGGGGCUAAGUUGCACACUUUCCUCGUCCCUGCUUUCUGCUUGCCUCCCUUGCCAGAAAGAAUAUUACCACCGCUCACGGACCCAUCCUCACAUACUCACACACUUCACUGUAGGGCCUUCAGCCUUGCAGCUACUGACAGAGUACCAGUGAUCUGAGCCAAGACACAGGCAGCAGAAGAGGGUUGAAGAUUGAGGGACAGUUUUAUUUCGAUACCUGAAAAAGCAGUUCAGUGGUGCUUUCUGUUAAUCCUCAUUGUAGGGAGACGGAAAACUAAAUGAGGAGGAAGGAAUCUCCAGAGUUGAGCUGUAAGUCUGCUGUGUGUCGGGGCAGAAAGGACCGUCGUUAGAGUAGAGAGGGGAGAUAGGUCAUGGCUCGUCUCUCCAUCUCACCCCCACACGUUCUCACUCAAGCCUAAACCGCUCGCUCUCAUCUCGGGUUUACUAAGGUGACAAGUAAUGUACAUUAGUAUGCUGCCCUAGUGGGGAGAGAUGUUACCGGGGCUAGGCAGCCAGUCUCCCCACCCCCCUCUAACCAAAACCAAGGACGAGAAACCUUGUGUAGGAGGGAGGGGUGGAGUCAUGAUGAUGAUGAUGAUUGGUUUUUUUUUGUUUUUGUUUUACUUGUACAGGGGGUACAUCGCUGUAUUAAAAUAUGUACGGUCUUAUUUACAUUCUUGGUUUGGUUACAGAAACUAAUAAAAUAAUAUGCUGUUAAAAGUGAA